AUGGCAUACAGAAAUCCGCUUGACGGAGUUCGGGAGAACAAAGAUCCGAAGCACGGUCCUCAAUCAACUUUCAGGAACCCCCCAGAGUUGCUCCAUAAGAGCUGUUCUAGCAAAUCGACCAGAACUCCUCGCACAAGAGAUAUUCCAACUUACGGCACCGAAUAUUACUUGUCAGAGCAAACAGACACUUCUGGACGAUCUGUCUCUGGUAAUUUCCGAUUUAAAAAAGAUCGCAUCGCACCGUUUACACCCAUCCAUCCCGAAUUCGCAUCUGGCAAUUCGGUCGCAACAGCCACAUCCAAUUUCCACGGAGUGAUUGUUGAUGAGCUCGAUCGAAAAUUGAAGGGAGAUCAAUUGGCAGGAAGCAAAACAAGCUCUGAGGACGAGCAGGUAGAACACGAGAACCUCACCUAUAUCGAUUCCUUACAAGCUGCUUAUAUUUACGAAGCUUCUGACAAGCAAGUUGUAAUUGGACAAUUCCAACCUAGUCUUGCAGAGACAAACAGUUCCCUAGGUAUUAACAUCUGCCGUGGAUUUGAUAGUGACUUCCAAGAAAGCGGUCGUCUUCAUCGAAAAGCCAAUAUUGACAAACUUACCGACCAGUUCGUUUUAGACUUGUGUGCGAUAUUCAUCAGUCCCAGGUCGACGAAGAUCAAUACAACGAGCUUCUUUCCAACUAUUAAUAUGUCGUUCCUAUUUUCUGCCCCAGUCGAUAUUGAUAUCGUUCUGGAAGAUGGAGAUAGUCGGGAGACAGUAGAGGUUAAGAAUAAGAGUAGUAAGGAAAGGGUACCGCUUUACAAAGAUGGCGAAUCAGUUAGAGGAGCUGUCACCAUUAGACCUAAGGAUGGGAAAAGGUUAGAGCACACGGGUAUUAAAGUGCAAUUUAUUGGAAUGAUUGAGAUGUUUUACGAUCGAGGCAACCACUACGAAUUUCUGUCAUUAGGACAAGAGCUUGCUGCUCCUGGUGAUUUACAACAUCCGCAAGCUUACGACUUCAACUUUAAAAAUGUCGAAAAACAAUACGAAUCUUACAAUGGCAUCAAUGUCAAGUUACGUUAUUUUAUCAAGGUCACCGUUUCCAGACGAAUGGCAGAUGUGAUCCGCGAAAAAGACCUUUGGGUAUUUUCUUACAGAAUUCCUCCGGAGAUGAACAGUUCUAUCAAAAUGGAUGUUGGUAUUGAGGAUUGCUUGCAUAUCGAAUUUGAAUACUCGAAAUCGAAAUACCACCUCAAAGAUGUUAUCGUUGGCCGCAUUUACUUUUUACUCGUUCGUCUCAAGAUCAAGCAUAUGGAAUUAUCUAUCAUUCGACGCGAAACUACUGGAACGCCUCCAAACCAAUACAAUGAGAGUGAAACUUUGGUACGAUUUGAGAUUAUGGACGGUUCACCAUCAAGAGGAGAAACUAUUCCCAUUAGACUUUUCUUAGGCGGCUUUGAUUUAACUCCUACUUUCCGCGAGGUCAACAAGAAAUACUCCACCCGCUACUAUUUGAGUUUAGUUCUCAUCGAUGAGGAUGCCCGACGUUAUUUCAAGCAAUCCGAAAUCGUUCUUUACCGUCAACAACCAGAAGACGCUUUAGCACUUGGUCAACAGACUAAGAUUGCUGGUGCACAUUCUGCUCCUAGUCCAGCGGCACAGAAACGACUUUCUGCUCAAUAA